GGCGUCGCGAGAAGAUCCACUUCCAGGGCGAAGGAGAGGUGGUAGGUUGCGGAGGGAGAGGGCGCGGCGACACCGGAAGUAGUUGGCUCUCACGUCCGGGGUUCGGUCGCAGCGACUUGUCUCGGGGCCUAGCGACAACAUGGCGGACUUGUCUCUGGACGAGCUGAUCCGGAAACGUGGCGUCAGUGUGAACACGAAGGGGAGGUGAGCCGUGGAAACAGCCUGGAGGGCGGAGAGGCCCCCCCUUCCCCGCGAGGGUUCCCUUCCCCCCACGUCGCUGCCCGGGGGCGGGAUCCGUGCUCUGCUCCGGCAGGAUCCGGCUGGGGAUGUGCACUCGGUGCUCCGAUUGGCGCGCUCUCCUGUCAGUCAUCGCCCCCUGGAGCGUUCGGUUCUGCUUGGCCAUUCUCGGCAGUGAGGUGUCCGAGGCCGAGUGUAUGUGUUUCGCAGCAUAGACGUGGGUCUGCGUGGAGAGGGGGCAGCACCCUCCUUCCGCAGGUCUCUCGGCGCCUUCAUUGUACUGAUUCUGGCGCUUUGUCCCUAAGGGCGGCCCAAAACAUUUUGUGCAUUCUAAGUGGGGCAUCUUGUGUGCUGAGAUGGGACAGUAUUUGUUUCGGGGUGACAAACUGCGCUAUUCCAUACAACCAAUAACUGAUUGUAGAGACUUUUGGGGUGGCUUUGUGCAUUGGGCCAGCCCUGCUUCUUUGCCUUGUGCAUCAUACAAAAUUAUUGGCCUUUGCUUUUCAUACUGCCAAUGUUUCUGUUCCUGAACUCUCUUUUUUUUGCUACUUUUACACUUCCUUUGACAUGCAAGGCGAUCUACAGCCUCCAUAAACAAUUGUUCUAUUAUAAGAUUGAGCCGUUUCUGAAGAGGAUGGUCUGUUGUGCCUUCAGCUGAAUUCACAACUGGAUAACACAAGUUAAAUCCACAAAAAAGAGGGCAUGCUUUAGCAUGGGAAAUGUUGCUUAAGUAAUAACGCAGAGAAAUAUGUCGCAUAAGAGAGCAUUUAGAUAAAUAACAUCUUUGUUUAUCUGCGGUGAAGAGGUCACACCUUUACAAUGUUGCUGCCAAAGGCCACCAUUAGAUUUAUAGCUAGCUCUGCUAAGGCUAAAAAGAAAAAAAAGAUCUCAAAUCAGACAUCCACACUCCCAAGGGAACAGGCGGCACUCACCUUUCAUUCUGAUUCUUAGACAGUGUCCACCAGUUUGAGUGAAAUGUGUUAAACAGAGAAGAAAAAAACCAGCCAACAUGUUCUUUGAAAUAUAUUUAAGAAUUAAUUCUGAUUUCCCCCUUUCCCCUCCUAUAAAAGCAUGUUUUCCAUUUAAUAUCAGGAUGUUCUAUUGUAAUUGAAAUGCUGCUUGGUAAGCGGACUAGAUUUCAGUUACAUCUCUUAAAUUCCCUGUUAUAUAUAUAUUUAACCCUGUAUCCCAUUUCAACCCAUUUUAACAAUAUCCCAAAAUUUUGGUGUAGUACAUGCAUUCUUCACAAACACAGAUCUGUGGUUGAAAUAUGAAUUUCAAAUUUUGAAAGCUAUGAGGGGCAAGCAAUUCUAUCUCUGUUAAAUAUUAAUUGUUUUCCAAAGGAAUGUAUGUAUAUUAGAUUAUCCUUGUCAGUCAACUUGUAUAAUAACACUGGAUUCCAUUGUUGGCCUUUUCGCAGGUCUUGGUUGGUGUCUUCCCUUUUCUUUCACCAGCUCCAGCCUUCUCUUGAAGUUCACAUUUUAAAAUCUUGUCAUUCCUCCUGCAAUGCAGGAAUCUCAGCUAGAUCAUAAAUGACAGGUGGCCAUCCAACCUCUGCUUAAAAACCUCCAAGGAAUGAGAGUCCAUCAUCUCUCAUGGAGUCUGUUCCACUGUUGAACAUCUCUUACUGUCAGAAAGUUCUUCCUGAUGUUUAGUCGGAAUCCAUGUUUACUCGGAAUGUGAAUCCAUUGGUUUGGGUGCUAUCCUCCGGAGCAGGAGAAAACUGCUCCAGCACUUUAAAUAUUGGAUGAUGUCUAUCAUAUCUCCUCUCAGUCUCCUCUUUACCAGGCUAAACAUACUCAAUACCCUCAAUCAUUCCUCAUAAGGCUUGGUUUCUGGACCCUUUAUCAUGCUGGUCACCCUCCUCUGCACAUAUUGCAGCUUAACUUCUUAAAAUGCAGCAGUUUGUUUGCUUUUAACACCUGACAUUUCUGUUCCAGGCUGAACACAAGGCCAUUAUUUGGUGGUAGACCUCGAAUUGGAGUUCAACAAACUUUUCUAAGCAGAUCAGCACCAAGUGUUGGUUUCCAGAGGACAUUUGAUGCACGACAGAAGAUUGGCCUUACUGAUGCCCGACACAAAAUUGGCGUGAAAGAUGCCCGGGAGAAACUGCUUCAGAAAGAUGCCAGGUUUAAAAUCCAAGGAAAAGUGCAAGACGCCCGGGAAAUGCUGAAUUCCCGAAAGCAGCAAGUGACCAAAGUUGUUGAUGCCAGAGAGAAGAUCAGUCUGAAAAGGAGCGCUCCUAGUGCAGCUGUUGUGAAAGCUGCUGUGGAAACGGUGGCCCCUGCCAUGAAGAUCACAAAAACAAUUCAAGUAGGUUAUCGUCAAUAUCUCUGCAGUCUAUUGUUGUCUCUCCAGCACUAUCCUAUGUGUUGGCAGCUCCUGGAGCACUAGUUGCAUUUAUUUCAAGGGAAACAGUUGGGGAAAGCAUUAAUGUGGCAUUAUAUCGCAUGUGUAAUACAGAAAACGAAAUCCAUGAAUCUGAGUUCUGAAAGUCUGCUUUGUUUCAUAAUCUGAUAAUUAAAAGUAGAGAUCUUAGUUCUUCCUUUAAGCUUUGAGUAUGCCAUCAUGAUGAAACAAGGGAUUUCACUGAAAUCUUUAGGGGUUAAUGAUGUGUCUUUCUCUCCCCAUCACAGCAGAAGGCUGCAACUCCAUUGCACACUCAUCCUGCAUGCAUGAAGGUCAACAUUGUGAACAAUCACACAAACAAACAGGUGUGUGCCAUUCAGUAACAGAGUGGAGUUGUGAAGUGUUGUAAAAUCUAGUAAUCUUUGAAUGUGUGUUUAAUAUUUAUUUCAUUUAUUUCACUUGCUUCCAGUGAAACACCCUGAAGUGAUUUUAUGUUUGAUUUUGGAGAUUGGCAUUAUAAAUUAAUUUAAAAGUUUUACUUGCCUUAUGUAAUAUGUUCACAGCCUACAGGCUGAAAGUGUUAUCUGCAUCCAUUUCAUUCAUACAACUCACAGUUUCCCAUAUGUGUAGUAUCUUGCAGUGACAAUUCACAAAGUAGAUUUGUGGUGCCUUUGGAUCUUACCCCUACAUUCUUGUACUCGCUUACUACAAUCCUUUCAGUACUUAGGAAAUAUCAUUUUUAACUUCUGACGUCUAUGUCUACCUAUUUUGAUGUUAUUGGCCAGUCUUGUAUUAUCACAGUACACUUGCACAGGAAAGAAAUCCUGUUUGCUCUGCCUGCCAUUGGCUAAUCCUUCAUGUUACAAAAUUGAUGGGCAGAUUAAUGCUUGGCAUUAGUGCUGAGAGGGAUUGAAGAGACUCUGGGCCAAACUGAAAUUUAUGGCAAAUGUGUGUCUGCAUGUAAUGUACUUUUAAAAAAUGCUAAUUGCCACUAAUUGGGAGGGAUGCAGUAAUAGAUUGUGAUGGGUGGGGUAUUUAACCCAUCCCGCACUGUGAUCUUGAGGAAAUCCCCACUUUUCAAGCUGCUGUUUACAUCAGGAGUAAGGUCCCACUGACUCCUGUGGGAACUUUCUGCACAAUGCAAAUUGUAGCAGGGGAGGGAAUUUCACUUCAGAUGAUGACAGGGAGGAAAAGGUUACAUUCCCCCUCAUGCCACAAUCCUGAUCCUCACCCACAUCUGCACAUGGAUAUUUGCAUUUUAGAAAUUGUGCAUGUUAAAUGCAAAGGUGCGUUUAAUAUCAUGUUUAGAUUGAGUCUUCAAAUUUGAGUUGAAUUGAACAGCCUGAGGUUCCUGUAUUGCAGGGGGUUGGACUAGAUGACCCUGAGGAUCCCUUCUAACUUUACAGUUCUAUGAAUGCUAUUUAAAAGUCCUUUUUAGUUUCAUGUCCUGGGAUUAAGAUGCAGCAAAUCAGAGUGGCUACAUACAUGUAUUUGCUGAGGCAUAUAUUCAGAAAAACCUAUUAGUAAACAUGUAUAGAACUGUUUAAGCGCAUCAGUCUAGACUCUUUAGAAUAUCUGUAUUACAUCAACAGCCAGAAAAAUCAAAUCAGCCACUUGCAUUUAUAUGUUACUUGGGGUGUUUUUUUGUUUGUUUGUUUCUUUUUAGUCUCCGUAUGAUGUAGAAGAUGAUGAAGAAACUGUAUCUCCCCUUCCUAAUAAGCAAAUGAAGAUCACUACCACAAACAGCUUUCUGCACAGUGCUGUAAGGGUCUGUCUCAUUAGCUUCUCCACUCCCUCUACUUCCCAGUGGACACGUACUUUGGUUGUUUUGCAUGUGCUCGCGCUGUAUUGGCUGGACUUACUGGUUCCAGGUUUAUGGUAUUCUUGCAUUCUUUUACCCUAAAACAGGGCAGCAGAUUGCUGGCCCAUGGGCCAGAUGUGGCCUAUAACAGGUUGCCAUCCAGCCCAUGCCCCAUAAAGUGAGCUGUUGUGGAGGAAUAGAUCUCUGUUUCCAUCCCAGCAGACUACUCUGUUUCUGUGCAAGGUGCAGAGAAAGAAAAGAGAUGGGAAGUUAGGGAGAAAAAGGGUUUCUUUGUCCACUGCCAGUAGGUGGCCCAUGUCCACUUUCCCCCAUGGGAAUGGGGCUCUGUAGAGCUCCAACGGCCCCCGAGCUGCUGCUUGCACCUGUACCAAACAGAGUGGCACUAGCCUGCACUACUGGCAAAAACAAACUUGUUUGUUCCCCUGCUCUUGAGUCUGCAGUUAGUCUGUCUUCUCUUUGCUCAGGCAAACCGGUAACUGAAACUGUGUUGUGUCAUUUGACUUUUUCUAAUCAGAAAGACUCAUUCAUACUAAUCAUUUUCAAAGCAUUUCAUGGCAGAGAGUUCUGUAGGCUAAAUGCAUUGCCUGGCUUACAUAGGGAUUUUAUUUUAUGAAAGAAAGAUAAAGAAUAUUUUAUUUACACUAUCUGUAGUUGGGCUGAUAAUGUGCCCUUACUCUUGUCCUAAGCUAAACCUCCAAAACACCCUAGACAUUGGAACUGUGUCACUGGGAUUAAUAGGAUUAUUCUGGUGGAAACAGAACCUGGAUUGCAGCCUAAAUUUGAUAUUAUGGAUAAUCUUUGUCCAUUUAGGUAUUUGUUUUUUUUUAAAAAAAACACCUUUGAAAUGGAUAACUAAAAUGGUGUGUAGCAAUCCAGAAUGGAUUUAUGCUGUGAUGUUAUGGGGUAUGGUAUUCUGAUUUUCUUUAUAAGUAAAGUACCAAAUAAAGAUGACACUUCCAGCACAUUAUCUCACAAUUUCCCAAGAUUGUAGUAACUACCUUAAAACUCUGGGUGGUUUCUGCCAUUUUUAGACCCUAGGGACCUAGUUUUUGGAAGAUUCUUCCAAAGUUAUUUAGCUUAUGUCCGCUUACUUGAAGUAAAAUCCAUUGAAUGUGGUAAGACUUCUUUCCAGAUAAACAUGCAUAAAUACUCUGUUAGUUUAUCCUUCUUGUCUUAAAUGCUUCUUGCAUACAUUAUGAUUUUACUACAUCACAGUUUCUCUUCUUUUCCAGACAACUAAUAAAAGCUUCAUUAAGAUCCUUAUUUUCCCAAACUAACAACCUGAUUAGUUUGACCUGAUUGAUCAAAAGUAGUUGGGCAAGGAUAAGGUGGGAUGGGGGGAGUUUUCCUAACUUGUAAAAUAGUUAAAAGUUAAUAAUGGAAUGUACUGUCUUUACACAAAAUGUGAAAUCUGUUUUCAAUACUUGAUAAUUCAAGUAUUUCUAACCCGCAACAAUUAACCAGUGUGCACAAAUACUAAAAGGAAUUUUUGAAUGCAUUAGCUGACUUCAGGGACUGAAUAGUCUUCUCUAUGUCACAUUGGUUUUGUUUCUAAGGUUAAAUCUUUAUGGAAUGGGAAAUCUUGCUGGGUAGCUGCUGCUUAGGGGAGGAGGAAUUAGUUCUGCUUCUGGCACUUGCAGUAUUCAGGGAUUUGUGUUCUCCAUUUACAUAGGCUGGACUCAGUGGCAACAAGUUCUCUCUGUCAAAGACAGUCCCCCUCACGAAAGUUGUGCAGAAUGAUGCCUAUACGGCCCCCACAGCUCCACCGUCUCCCAUCCGGACAAAGGCCCUGACAAACAUGUCCCGAACCCUGGUGACCAAGGAAGAACCCCCCAAAGAGCCACCACCAGUUGAGGUGAGUCAAGGACACAAAUAUCUUUUUGUGGCUGCUACAGCUUCCUAUUCUGGAUUUUCAUAAGAAGAAGAACAAACCCUGUUCAAGUGCAGCUGAAUGGGGGGAAAUUAUUUCCUUCUUCCAGAGAAAACAGUGGAAUUGGACAUGGUAACUUGAAGAACUGGUAGAAUCUGAAACCCAUUUGCUUCUCAUGCUUGCUGUGCAGACAUUUGUCAUAUAUGAUUUCUUGAUGAAAUAUUCUCAGAGAUUAACAGAAUCUACCAAAAACAGUAGAAAUUAAAUUUUGAAGGCUGGAUUUUGCUGAAUCUUACCCUUGUCUUUCCCCCACUUCCUCAAAGCCCUGUUUACUUUGAUCUAUCUCCCCGCCCCCCAAUCCCAGACUAUAUGCAUGUGACACAUUUGUCUGUUUCUUGGCAGCCGGCCUUCAGCCCAUUAGAAGGUACUAAAAUGACUGUGAAUAAUCUGCACCCUCGAGUCACUGAAGAGGAUAUUGUUGUGAGUACUGUAUAUUGUUGAAAUCAGGGGUUUGCUUGUGUCCUGUAUCCGUGUUCUACCCAAUGUUUAUAAAGUAAAAUGGAAUGUGUGCUUUCUUGGGAGAGCCUGGAGAAUCUUAGGUGGUAGCAGUAAGGAGCUAGGUAGAUGUCUGCAAAAGCUCCAAGAGGCCUAAAUAUCUUCAGAAAAAUUAAUUGACUUGAGAGCAAUCUAACGACUUUGAGGAGAGCCACCCCGUGUGUUCCAGAAUUACUCUCCUGAAUGAAGUCUUGACAGGCUCCAUUGUGUUCUUCACACAGUAGGAAAGUUUCCAAAGUUUGUGAAAUCCAGAACAUUUUGCAGGCAGCGCUCUGACGCCAGGUUUACUGUCACAUUCCCUUUGACUUUUGGUGUGGGGGAAAUGAUCCCAGUGUAGCUUUAGUUAAACUGGAUGUUCCGUUGCUCUACAUCAGGGAUGUCCAACUCCCAAGAGACUGUGAUCUACUCCCAGUAUUAAAAAACUGGCAGUGAUCUAUUCAUUGGAGGGAGGAGGAGCAUGCGUGGGGUGGGUGGAUUGCCCACAGUUGUUGAUUUUUUUGGGGGGAGGAUUGCACAGUUGUUGAGCUGUUUUCCCCCGUGACUUUCUGUACACAACAAGGAUCCCGCAAUCUGCCAGGGAUCUACCAGUCUACUGGUUGGACAUCCUUGCUCUACAUGUAGUUUUCUGAGAAUAUACGGGACGUUAGGAAUGCAAGGACUUCUUCAUGUAAUGCAUGAGAAACUUUAGGCAUUCACUCUCACAAGAUGUGAUUAUUAGAUCAUGCGGCUUUUAAAAAGGAACAGACAUAGUUGUGGAACAUGGCUCUAAUUGUGGAUAGCUACAUCAAACCUCAAUUUAUACUGUCUGUUGGGUAAUAAAGUACUCUGAUUCCGAGUUUAUUACCUAAAACAUGGAUUGUGGGGUGGGGGUGAGGGAGGGGCCUCUGGCCCGCAGACUUAACUAGGUCCACUCAGCCUCCCAAUUUGGUCUGCUCUGCUGUUCUUCCCCAGCCACAACCAUAUGUCACUCAGCUGAUAUCAUACAAACAAAGCACCCGCUGCAAAGGAAUAAUCAGGAGCCUUGGAGUGUGCUCCCAAUGUUCCUUUGCAAGUGCUGUUUGUGUUCAACACUGUUCAGAUUGGGUGCUGAAUGCAAGCCACACUGCUUUCACCAGGGUCAGAGGCACCUGACAAAUGACAUCAGAUGAUUGACAAGAGAGAAGCCUGGGUUAUUGGUCAAUUGUAGCAGAUGGAGGGUCAGCCACAAUUUGAAUUGGUCCUGUGGUCAAAAAGUGGUUUCCCAUCCCUGACCUAAAUAUAUUUAUCUGACUGUUGUUGGAAACAGAAGGCUGGACUAAGUGUUCCUCUGUGUGCUCCAGCAAGGCAACUUCUAUGUUCUUAAUGUGUGAGUGUUCAAAUAUCAGAGUUGGCAGCUGUGGCCUUGACUUCCACACUAAAUUCCACACUAACAAGAAAUGCUUACAAUCACUGAUAACAGUAGCAAAGAUGAGCUAAGUUAAAUAAAACUAUACUGUCCUUUGCUCUUUCCUCAGGAGUUGUUCUGUGUAUGUGGUGCCCUAAAGCGAGCCCGUUUAGUGCACCCCGGAAUGGCUGAGGUGGUGUUUGUGAAAAAGGAAGAUGCCAUUACUGCGUAUAAGAAAUACAACAACAGAUGCUUGGAUGGUGAGUGUGAGCCUCAUGUAGAACGCAGAAACGUUUUACUUCCCUGAAGAUCUCAGAUGGUACUUCUUCUGUGUGUAAGAAGUCAGGAAAUUAUUAAUUGUUAAUGACUACCACGAGGGGCUGAGCAGUUCUUAGACUAUUAUUGUAUCAGAUCUUUAGAAGACACAAAAUUUGCUCAUAUUGGAGUGAGAGUGAUAUUGCAGUCACAUAGAUGAUAACUUGCCCCUAGACCAACUGGAUAUACAGUACAGUGAUACCAAGUUUGUGAGAAUUAAUGCUCUUGAGAGACUGCAGAAACUUUGCUGUUUCAGAGUUUGGAUAAAUAGUUAGGGUAUUGAGAUGAGGAGGGAUAUUGGUUCAUUUUGUCCUUGUUUUUAUUAUGUAUUUUGUGUUUAUAUCUUGUAUUUUUAUGCUGUGACUGCCCUGAGCUCUGCAGAUGCAGGGCAGUAUACAAAUUUAAAUAAUAAUAAUAAUAAUAAUAUAUCUCAAAAUAGAGAAGCGUAGACUCAAACUGUGUAUAAUGGUGGCAAAUCCGUGCAUUCAAAUCCAGGGAUCUUGUUUAAUGAGCAGAAUGGAUGCACAGUGAAGAAACCUAUACCACUUUCCUAAGGUUUAAUACGGUUUUCUUUGUUCUUCUCCAUCAGGCCAGCCGAUGAAAUGCAACCUUCAUAUGAAUGGGAAUAUCAUCACAUCAGACCAACCUAUCUUGCUGUAUGUGCAUAUGGGUUUGUGUUCAUAAAACUAUGGUGUAACAUUUUUGCUCCUUCACAAGGUGCCAUAUAAUUUUUGUACCCAAGCAAAAUACCAAACAAGAGUUUGUUGAUAUUCAGAUUAAAGCUUUUUUACUAAUUUUCCUAUAUAUCCAGCACUGCUGUUCAGAUUAUCAUCUGUAUGAACAGUUGUCCUUCCAUCUAAAUAUGGCAGUAGGCUUCUCCCAGCCUGUAACUGCUUGCUUAAUAAUCAGAACAACAGUUUUGGUUCAGCAGUAUAAAUUGAUCUGCAUUUCACCAUUCGACAACUAUUGAUGGUGGAGCUCCCAUGGGUUCUCUGUGUUCUUCUUCUUUUCCCUUUCCAUGACUUUUUAUACCUUAAUCUGAAAUCCUGAAAAGUACACUUGGCUUAAGCUAGCUAUGCAGGCAAUGGAUGGUAACUGCUGAAAAGAGUAAGCUCUGCUGCUUGACUUGACACUUGUUCUGUUGUGAGGCUAAAUAGUCUCUUCUUGUUCUCCCUAGUCGAUUGAGUGACACCCCCUCAGUGAAGAAGGAAGGUGAACCACGUCGGACAAGUGUAGGAGCCGCCUCAAAUCCACCAGCUGAAGUGGAUCCUGAUACCAUCUUAAAAGCACUCUUCAAAUCCUCAGGGACCUCCGCCUCUGUGCAACCUACAGAGUUCAAAAUCAAACUUUGAGGAGUGGCAGGCAAGGAGUGGACUGGAAAACUUGUUGAGCGUGGGAAAUAGGGAGACAAGUGUGGGAACGCAACUGAUGUUGUGUUUGACCAUGCUGAAACCUUUGUUUUUCUACAAUUGCUACCUUCCUGUACAGUAGUGUUCUCCCUAAUGUAUGUGUUCUGUUUUCAUAGUUGGAGUUUUUGUCCACAUAUUUCUAAUGGAAUAAUCUUCCCUUCCUCCAGUGAUAUAUCACCAAGCUUAGAACAUUUAACUCUUUUUCCUUUGUUUCAACCACCCUACCUGUAUCCAGCCAGUGAAAAGUGCAGCUAGCAGAGGAUGUGAGUAGCAUCUGUUUGGCACUUGCACCCUUUGAGUGAGAGAUGAGAGUCCUUUUUGCUUUUUACUGAUGAUGGACUGCAUUUCCUUUUCAAUUCAGCUCUGUCUGUGGCAGAGGCCAGGAUUUGGUAGCGGUUUUAGCUGUUCUGAAAUUGUAAAAUUAGUGAAGGAGAAGCAGCAGCAGCAAAUGUUCUCUUCGUUCAGCAGCUAAUGGAAGGGACUGUGAAGGCAAUGCAAAUAGGUCUAGGCACAGGAACAUAGCACAUCUUACACUUCAUCGUCUUCUUUUGUCGUUGUAAUAAUCUGCUAGUGCACUGAGAGAAAGAAGCAUGUGCCCUGGUGUUGGUGUACUCUUCAGUCCAGGAAGUCUCACAGAUGCUCUCUUUGUGAGAAUGCAUGGGCUUUCUUUCACUUUGUACCAUUUACAAUGUGUUUUUACUAUGAAAUUAUGUAUUGGGCAAGAAGAAAGUGUUUCUGGCUUCAGCAAUCACUUCUCAUGCCUGAUGCCUUAGAAGCACUGCAGUGAACAGAGGUCCUCGUUCAUUCAGUCCUGACAGAUUCCGAUGCACCACUAUGUUUUGUAGCACCUACACCUUUCUUGGAGGUUAGUGACACCCAAAUAAACUCCAGUGAUAACCCCCUAGGAACUAUUUCUACAGGGCAUCUGUUUUUACCGUACACUACCUUAUCCCCAAGUGUAAUAGUCAGGAAAAAAAUCCAGCCUCCUGCGCUCAUCGAAUUGUCAAUUGUAAGAGUUGCAUCUUUCAGUACUCUGGGCAUGACUGCUGCUCCUGUACAGCACUGUUGCUUAUUUUUCUGUACUGGGAAAUGGUGAGUGUAUCUUGUGGUUCAUAUAGAGGAGAAUCUAUCGGUUUGGCAUAGAACAGGGAUAGCAGGAAAAUGAGUUGCCUAUAGCAAAGCGAGGAUGAUUUGUUUUUUGGCCAUGUUGAAUUUCCUCUGACAUGCCAGUCUUUGCUAAGACAAAAACAUACUUCCUUUUUCUAGCAACCCAUUUAGUCCAGUGAAAAUGGAAAACUGACAAGGGUUAAGAAUAACUGCAUUGGUUUUAUACUAAAUAAACAUGCAGAUACUUGUAUCGGGGCUUGCAUUUUUAUACUUCCAGCUACAAGACGAGAGCAUUGCUGUUUAUCUGUGCUAAAACCCUGCAGUGUAAUAUAUCUGCUUUCUUCCAUUGUAGAACCUGGUGCUCAGUGGAUUCUACAUUCCUUUUGCUCUUUGUUCUGUACAGUUUCUUAGUUUCAUUUAGCAGGUACACACGUUAUGUCACACAAUAAACCUUCACAACAUGGAAGGCAUUUGCUUCCCAAUGGGUUUUUUAAAUCUGAAUUACUAAUUUAGGACCGGUCAUAAUUUCACCCUUACUGGGGAAAUGUGCUUAUGAACGACAAAUGAUAUUUUGUGCAGAACUGCUGUUCGCUGUACCUGUGUUUCAUUAGCAGCUGGUUACAGGGGAAGGGAAGGUUGGGGCUGGAGGACACUAUGUAUUAUGUUUCUGAAUAAACGUUUGUUAUACAGAACCU